UAUUCGUGACUCACUUUCGAAGCCCCAUUUACUUCGGCAACAACAUGGGUUUACUUUUGGUUUUACUAAGCGUAUUUAUAAAGAUAGUGUCCUGCCAGUUUCAAAUGCCUUAUCCUAGUUCCACGAAACCAACUCAGCCUACUACAAUGAAAAAUGUCUAUCAAGCCGCUCCUUUGCAUUAUGUCAACAUUGGGCGCAAACUGGACGGAGACUACAAGUUUGGAUACGACACCGGAAAAGGACCUUCGGGACAAAGUUUCAGAGAAGAAAUUCGAUUGGCUGAUGGAACAAUAUCUGGUUCUUAUGGUGUAAUUGAUGAACUUGGCCACAAACGGGUUGUUCACUUCUCAGCUGGAAAACCUGGAUUUCUUUCUCAAGAGGAACCUGCAAAAGAAACCUUAUCUACAACUACUGCUCCAUCGGCUCUAAAGCCUUACUUGAAUACUAUUACAAGACAUUUUACAUCGCCACUGGCAUCUUUCAAUCUAGCUAACUAUCUGCAUCUUAAAAGAACAACUCCAGCUUUAAAGCAAUCUACUCCUACUCAGCAGAACAUCGUUAUUGCUCCCCGACAAUCAACUGAACAAAAUAUGGUAACUUUUCGCCAAUCCAAUCCAGCUCAGCAAAAUAUGAUAACUUCUCGCCAAUCCAAUCCAGCUCAGCAAAAUAUGAUAGCUUCUCGCCAAUCCACUCCUACUCAGCAAAAUGUGAUUGCACCCCCUCGGCAAUCCAGCUCUCAGCAAAACAUGAUUACAGUUGAUCGACAUUCCAAUUCCGGUCAGAAACAAAAUGUGGCAGCUUCUUCUCGACAAUCUAUUUCUACUCAGCAAAAUGCGAUGGCACCUACUCGACAAUUGACUACUACUAACCAACACAUGAUAGCGGCUGCUCAUCAAAAGAUGUUUUCUGCUCCUCAUCUUUAUACAUAUGGAGUUUCCAGUGAACAACAGAAGACUUUGACGCCUUUCAUGGAAUCAUUCAGAACUGGAAAUCUACAAAGGCAAACUGAAGUUGACGCGCCCUCCAAGGCUCAGAAUUUGCAGAUGAAAGAUGCGGCGUAUUUGGCUUCAACUUACGAUCCGAAACUAGAAGAUGAAUAUUAUGAUAAUGCACCGCCUUUUAUUGAUAUUGAAAGACUGUCUUACAACAUAGGAACUGACAAAAAUGCAUCUUUAAAAAUUUAAUUU